AUGAAGGUCUCCGCCGCUGCCCUCGCUGUCCUUCUGACGGCGGCCGCCCUCUGCACUCCUGCAUCUGCCUCCCCAUAUGCCUCGGACACCACACCCUGCUGCUUUGCCUACCUCUCCCGCCCGCUGCCCCGCAACCACGUCCAGGAAUAUUUCUACACCAGCAGCAAGUGCUCCAUGGCAGCAGUGGUCUUUAUCACCAGAAAGAACCGCCAAGUGUGCGCCAACCCAGAGAAGAAGUGGGUACGAGACUACAUCAACACUUUGGAGUUGAGCUAG